UCCUCCCACCACCCACCCCCCCUUAUGUGACACACCAGACGAUGCGUUGACUGAGCGGAGGAGAAGAAAAAGAAAACCUCUCCCAGCCAGCUGUCCUGCCUAUUGCAUGGAGGAGAGGCUGAGGAGGAAGAGGAGCAGAGAGGAGCUGUUUCCUGCACUGAGUUGACCUCCAUCCUGGUUAUUUACAGCUUCCUCGUCUUCCCUACCUCGGAUCCCCACAACCUCUACUAGCCCUGACCUCUGAACCUCCGCAACAACAUUAUGUAUCUGAAAUGUUUUGGAGGAGAUAUCUACAGCAUCCCUGACACCUAAACCACCUCAUCCUCAGCCAGUCUACCUCUGAAUGUUCUGGACCGCCUCCUUCUAGCUACCAGCCCGUCUGAACCCACAGUAACUUCCUGUCCCAUCAUCCUCUGAACCUCCAGCCUUCAUUAUGUCAGAGGGGCUACUGCAGGUGGAGAUUCCAGACUUUGGCAGCAGUGUGCUGGGCAGCCUCAACGAGCAGCGGCUACUGGGUCACUACUGUGAUGUUUCCAUCCUGGUGCAGGGUCAGGCCUUUAAGGCACACCGAGCUGUCCUUGCUGCCUCCUCUCUCUACUUCAGAGACCUUUUCAGCUCUGCUGCUGACUCCUCAUCCUCUUCUUCCUCCUCCUCCUCCUCCCAGGCAGUAUUUGAGCUGCCAUCUUCUGUGACACCGACAUGUUUCCAGCAGAUUCUGUCAUUCUGCUAUACAGGACGCCUCAGCAUGGCUGCCAGUGAGCAGCUGGUGCUCAUGUAUACCGCUGGGUACCUGCAGAUCCAGAACAUUGUGGAGCGAGGUAUGGAGCUAAUGAUGAUGAAGGCCUCCUCCUCCUCUUCACCUCUCUGCUGUGACUCACAGACGACCUCAGCAGAUGAGCUUGGAGGCUUUGAAACAACAGUAGUACAGCAACAGCAGCAACACAGUGCCCCCCAACUGCAACAGGCCAGUCCUGACCAGCCGGCCCUGAGUCCAGAGGAGCUGCUGUUAGCUGUGAGCAGGAUCAAACAGGAGAGAGUGGACACUCCUCCUGCAGAGGAAACUGGAGGAGCAGCAGCAGGAGGAGGGGAGGAGGCCAGAGUCGACACUGCGGGGGACCUCCAGACCUCCAGGAACAGUGCUCUGUGUUUUCUGGGUGCUAGCGGAGCAUUGGUUCCAGGGCUGCAGUCCUACCUGCUGGCAGGCGGGGGACGCUCAAGUCCAGAGGGAUCCAGUCUUCCCACAGAUUCUCCUCCUUCCCAUCCCCCAACUGAGGAGGAGCUGGAGGAAGAUUACUAUGGCAACACAGUCCACCCUGGACUCUACCAGCAUCUCUAUGGACAACCUGGAAACCCCUACAUCCAAGAGAAGCUAGAGAUGCUGCCUCUCCCAUUGGCUAAUGAGCGACGGCCCUGUGUGCUGGUUGGUCGAGACAACAUGGCCCUACCUGCCAGUCUGAUCAGUCAAAUUGGAUAUCGUUGCCAUCCAUCACUCUACACUGAGGGUGAUCCAGGGGAGAAGGUGGAACUGGUAGCAGGUUCAGGUGUGUUCAUGACACGAGGUCAGCUGAUGAACUGUCACCUGUGUGCUGGAGUCAAACACAAGGUGCUGCUCAGGAGAUUGCUGGCUACCUUCUUUGACAGAAACACUCUGGCCAAUAGCUGUGGGACAGGGAUCCGCUCCUCCACCAAUGAUCCGAGCCGAAAGCCCCUGGACAACCGAGUGUUAAACACCGUGAAACUCUACUGUCAGAACUUCGCUCCUAACUUUAAGGAGAGUGAGAUGAAUGUUAUCGCAGCUGACAUGUGUACCAACGCUCGCAGAGUCCGGAAACGUUGGCUCCCAAAGAUCCAAUCACUCCUCCCUGAUAGCCUCCCCACCUCCUCACACCCCCGUAAAUCUAAGAGGGGAGGAGGAACUGGAGGAGGUGGAGGUCAGGGUGGAGAGGUGGCAGUGCAGCCCAGUAACAGCCCCUUUGAGUUGGACCUGAGGCAGCUCAGUGCCUCCUACCUCAGCCUAGAGGCCCCACUGUACACCGAGAGACGCGAGAGGGAGGCGGCCGGGGAGAGAGAGAGGGAGAAGGAGGUGCCAACUACACUCCUACCCCACCUGCAGUUUGCUGGUUCCCGUGGGGGAGGGGCAGGGGGCGGACAGGUGGAGGAGGGGCUGAUGGGAAGUGAGGCAGAUGGGGGAGGAAGGCUACAGACUGAACCACCUGCCCACCUCCCCCUCUCCCUGUCCUCCUCUUCCUCUUCGUCCUCCUCCUCACACCCAUCUCCCCAGCCUGCAGAGCCUGCCCCUUCUCACAGAGGAUUGGCCGACACAGAAGAGAGGGGUGCGGAGCCUCUGGAAGACAGCCAAUAAGCUUUCUAUCGCAUCUGCCUACCUGUAUGUAAAUAAUACAAUAGCUACCUGUGCCCCCCUUAACUGUCUGUCUUCCUACCUGUCUCUGUUCCCUACCUCAUUACCUGUCUACCUCUCGACCUUCCUGUCUGUCUGUCUGUCUGUCUGACCUACCUCCGUCUGUCAGCCCCUAUAUCUUUCUCUGUGUCCAGUCUGUCUACCUGUCUGUCUGCUCGGCUCUGCUGCAUGUUAACAGCCUCCUGCAGUCCAGCACACAGGCCCAUAGCAACAGGACUGAUGAUGAUGAUGAUGAUUAUAUUCACUCAAUGAUAAUAAAGCUUCUUGAUAAUCAGA